AUGUGGCGCCCUCAGGAUCUGACCACGCCACUCAUCAGAAACUCCAAGUCAAGCUUGGACGUGCAUUGGACGUGCGAGCGUGGUCGCCCCCUCAUCAGCGGGCACUUUGUGGGUACCGCAGCAGCUCCUCACUGCACGUGCUGCGACUUGGACUACUCUCAACCCCUGGCCACAGCUAUGAUGCGCUUCCUGCACAUCCCCACAAUGGAUGACGUGGAGCCAUUCUUUGAGAAGCUGCGGCUAGCCGCCAGGGACACCAUCGGCCAUGUGGUCUUGAGCGACACGCACAACUGGCAAGUGACAUGCAUGAACUGCCGCAUCGUUCUUUGCGUGGCAGCCAUGGGGAAUGGGCAGGUCCGCCUGGUGAAGAAUGAAAUGGGGCACGAGGUGCCCAAGGGGAACCAGCUCUGGUGCUUCACCUGCGCUAGCCGGCUCAGCACCGACGCACAGCAGAUUUGCAAGCUGUACCCGCUUGUCACAGAGAAAAGCUGCCUGGCUUUGUUGCAUUUCAUCCAGAAGGCGGGGCCGCGCAAGGUGGAAAAUGAUGAGCCCAAGAGCAGCACCGGGAGCACACUGGGCGGCGAGACGGCCGUCGACUUCCAGCAACUUCUGGAGUCCACAGAUGACACCGAGCUCUACAGGACUGUGGUGGACUCUUCACACUGCCUCAAUUUUACCACACCGGAAGAGAACGACCAACUGGGCAGCGAGAUCGAGGCUGAGAGACAUUCAGCGGCAAUGGAGAUCGCACUCAAGUACACCUGUCAUCCCAAGAAAGGCUUCUACCUGCGGGGCAACAUUGUGGCGAAGGGCAGUGGCCCCGGAACAAUGAACACCAUCGAGCGUUUCAUCACGACGCGCCGCGGAGGCGACGAACAUUUCUUCACGCACCCUCGCGACUGCCACCUCGGGCUUGUUGACAUCCACAAGUCUUCGAUGUUCAUGAUGGGAGGCAUCCCGACAGGAACAAAGCAGCAUGCAGACGCAGCACAGGGGUCGAAUACAUUGUUUGAUGUUCAGAACCUCCCAACCCACAUGCUGCGCAAGCUUGACAGGCUCCUCACCACAGAUCAGAAGAUCCGGGCCACGGCAGCCAAAGCGGGGGGUUACUUUGCGACUUGGUGGUUCUGCAAACCGGCCGUAGCUGCUGACCUCAACACCUACCUGGCUGAGACGUACAAGGGCUCAGGAGGCCUCAUGGCGAAGCAUAGGGACGGGGAGUGGCGCCUCACAGUGGAGGAGAUGGAGGCCGCCCAGGCUGCCAUGGGGCUGGAUGAGCGGGACCGCUACAACAUCCAGAUCUACCAUCAGAAGGCAGGGGAGACGCUGUAUGUGCCCUCCGGAUGGAUACAUCAGGUCAUCAACCACCGGCCCAACAUCAAGAUUGUGUGGGAUUUCCUGGAGCCCAAGAUGCUGGACCGCUAUGUGUGGACGCACGAGCACAUCAACACAAAGCUGUUCGACCCCAAUGCAGGCCAGCCCGGGGACUACUCCAACUGGUCCACAUGGAUGGAUGCAGAGAUCCAGGAGAUUGCCAAGGAGUGCCCGGCAUUCCUGCACAGCAAAAGAACCCUCCCACCCGACAAUCAGGGCGAGAUUGACACGGACCUCGCCCCAGAUCAGGAGACACAUGCCACAGCGGCUGAAGAGGGGGGCUCAUCAGCAACUUGGUGGUUCCUCAACCCUGCCAAAAUCUAUGACUCCAACGCCUGCUUGGCUGAGACGCACAUGGCUACAAUGGCCUCAUGA